CAUUUUCACUCCUUCCACUGGAAACGAACGUAUUCCCUCCCUUUUCCUUCCCCCAAAUUUUCUCAAGGGUUUUAUCACCUUUCUCACUCUAGGGUUUCUCUUUUCUCUCACUAUCAUGAGUAACCCCGCCAAAGACAACUUUGACAUGUCCGACGUCGAUUCCUCCCUCCCAGCCGCCGCUGCCGCAUUGAGCGCGGAGGAUCGAGCUGGUUUAGUGAAUGCUCUCAAGGAUAAAUUACAAAAUUUGGCUGGGCAGCACACGGAUGUACUUGAGACACUGUCUCCGAUAGUCCGGAAGCGUGUUGAGGUUCUGAGGGAGAUCCAGAGUCAACAUGAUGAGCUAGAGGCAAAGUUUUUUGAGGAAAGAGCAGCACUGGAAGCUAAAUAUCAGAAACUUUAUGAACCUCUAUACACAAAAGUAAGGGCAUUUGUGUGAAUGGAUGCUGUUUGU